GUCGUCGACGUUUCAGUCUACCAAAUUGAGUUUGCUGUAGAGCCGAUUUGUGACCAAAUUUUAAUUGUUAUCCAUUGGCAGAUAACUCUGUUCUUUUAAGGGUUUUCCUCCAUGGAGGGUUUCGAGUAUGUAGUCAAUCCGCCAGUUUGGCCGACGGUCGGUUUCCUUAGGAAAAUCCGCAGGGACUCGAGUGGCACAUUUUGUCGGGAUAGCUAUACCAAAAAACUUCCGCCGGUCGCUCCAAAUGCCUAUGACGUAGACAGACCAAUUGGAUUUAAGUACCCGUCAAAAGCUGGCUUUUCAGCCUUGGCCAACAAGAUGCCACGCCUACCGCCCUAUCGAGAGCUCGGGUAUCCACCUAUUGGAUCCUACGCCACCGACUUUCCAGGAACUCAGUACUAUUUCACUUUUAACAAGCAGAUUGUGCGCGAACAGAAAUGGGUAACACCAGGGCCCUCAACCUACACGCACCACCUGAAAUACCCGGAAUAUGAUGUGGAGACAGCGUUCGGAUGCAGGCGCAUCAUCUGGCCAGCGGUGGCGGUAUUCUGCAGUCCCCAAAACAACGCCAAGUGCUCGGUGUGCGGCGAGAAGCCGGUGGGUGACUACUUCCACAACUUUGGCAGCGAUGCGGACAUGUGUCGAAAUUGCAUGCACGUCGAGGUGACAGCGAUCAAGAAGUGCAACCUGCAGGUGACCGAGAGGUACAGCCGGCAGCAGAAGAUCAAGCAGUUCGUGCCCGCCCGCUACUGCGGAUUUUUCCACAACCACGAUGGCACCACGGCCACCAUUGAGCGGGAACCGCGAAAGGUGUUACGCCAAAAGAUUCGCGUGGAAAAUUACCUGUAUCGUCUCCAUGCGAAGAAAGAGUAGGAUUUUCAAUAAAAUGUAUUCUAUCCGAAACUCUUCAUAAUAGAAA